GAGCGGAGAAGGUCUGAGCCGACAGGGGAGUUGAGUUUACAGAAUACAUGAGACGGUGUGUCCUGGUGGUGGAAAAUUACCACACAGGAUUUUGGGAUUUACAUUUGCUACCAGACAAGUGGCUGCAGGUUGAAUCCUUGAGAGAAGUGACCCAGACACGAUAAUAACAGGAGCGGCGGCUGCAGCCUAUCUGAAGAUGUCUGAUAAUGGGGAGGUCGAGGACAAGCCCCCAGCUCCGCCAAUGAGAAACACCAGCACCAUGAUUGGUUCCUGCAACAAGGACCCCGUCCCCCUCAACCAUGGCUCCAAGCCACUCCCACCAAACCCAGAGGACAAGAAGAAGAAAGACCGCUCAAUUCGAUUCAUCCUGACAGGAGGAGGCGAUAAAACAUAUAAGAAAAAGGAGCGCCCAGAGAUUUCUCUGCCAUCUGACUUUGAACACACCAUCCAUGUCGGCUUUGAUGCUGUUACUGGAGAGUUUACAGGCAUGCCGGAGCAGUGGGCCCGCCUCCUGCAGACGUCCAACAUUACAAAGCUGGAGCAGAAGAAGAAUCCUCAGGCCGUCCUCGAUGUCCUGAAGUUCUAUGAUUCAAAGGAAACAGCCAACAGCCAGAAGUACAUGAGCUUUACAGAUAAAAACACAGAUGCCUACAGCUCCUCCACUGCACCGAGCUCCAAGGCUGUGUCGGAGACGCCUGCCAUAGCAACUGUGUCUGAGGAUGACGAUGAAGAUGAGGCCGAGCCCCCGCCAGUGAUCGCCCCCCGUCCAGAACACACCAAAUCAAUAUACACCCGCUCAGUGAUAGAACCCCUCCCUCCUCCUCCAACCAAAGAUGCAGCCACCUCCCCCAUCUCCCCACCGACCGCCGCAGCUGCCGCUGUCACCCCCAUACCUCCUGCAGAAGCUGCUCCCAGCAGCCCGCCCAGUGCAAGCCCCGCCCCUGGUCCGUCUGUGCCCCUCUCACAAGACAAAACCAGGAAGAAAAAGAUGUCAGAUGAGGAGAUCCUGGAGAAACUACGUACAAUUGUUAGUGUGGGAGAUCCGAAGAAAAAAUAUACACGCUUUGAGAAGAUUGGACAGGGGGCUUCUGGUACAGUGUACACAGCCAUAGACAUCGCUACAGGCCAGGAGGUUGCCAUUAAACAGAUGAACCUGCAGCAGCAGCCGAAGAAAGAACUCAUCAUCAAUGAGAUUCUUGUGAUGAGGGAAAACAAGAAUCCAAACAUAGUUAACUAUCUGGACAGUUACCUUGUAGGUGAUGAGCUGUGGGUGGUGAUGGAGUAUCUGGCUGGAGGUUCACUUACUGAUGUUGUAACUGAAACCUGCAUGGAUGAAGCUCAGAUAGCUGCUGUAUGCAGAGAGUGUUUGCAGGCAUUAGAGUUCCUCCACUCCAACCAGGUCAUUCAUCGAGAUAUCAAGAGCGACAACAUCCUGCUGGGAAUGGACGGAUCCGUCAAGCUCACUGACUUUGGAUUCUGUGCUCAGAUCACUCCAGAGCAGAGUAAACGCAGCACCAUGGUUGGGACUCCGUACUGGAUGGCUCCAGAGGUCGUUACCCGAAAAGCUUACGGCCCCAAAGUUGACAUCUGGUCUCUGGGCAUCAUGGCAAUCGAGAUGGUGGAGGGGGAGCCACCAUAUCUGAAUGAGAAUCCACUCAGGGCGCUGUAUCUCAUAGCAACCAACGGUACACCAGAACUGCAGAAUCCAGAGAAACUGUCGACAACAUUCAGAGACUUCCUGAACCGAUGUCUGGAGAUGGACGUGGAGAAGAGAGGGUCAGCUAAAGAGCUACUGCAGCAUCAGUUUUUGAAGAUGGCAAAGCCUCUUUCCAGUCUGACUCCUCUCAUUUUGGCAGCCAAGGAGGCAGCUAAGAACAACCGUUAGCUUUGCAUCAGUUCUCUGUCUCGACCUAUGUGUCUGCUGGCUGGGUUAUGAAACCCUCUGAAUGCCUUCAGUCAUUCUCUUCCUCCUCCUUUCUGUGUUUUAUAGCUCUCUCCUCCUUUCUGUCACCUCUAACUUUGACCCUGAGCUCUGACCCCUCCAUUCCCCACCUCCCCACCUCACAGGAAGAAAGAAGGGUAGACUCUUCUUGCAAUUUCUUUUUCAACACUCCACUGGACUGAGUCAAGAAGAUCGAGUGAUGUCAUCCCUGACAUCACCGCCUUGGUAGCCAGCGUGGACAGGCCGAUGUGGAAGAGAGAGAGUCUCAAUAGAGCCCAAAGACUUGUCAGGUUUUUUAUUUGUUUUGUUUUUUUUUUAAUCAGUGUCCUGGACCACAACUGCGAGCCACCAUUCUCCAAUUCUGUGUUUGAUUGUGUUUGUUUGUGUGUGUAUUAGCUUUCUGUCUUUGAGUUAUUCCUAUUACAUCAUUAUGUAUUUUAUUAUGCACAGAACGUAUUGAGGUUUUAGUUGAACUGAACCUUCUGUGGGUUUUGGGAUGAAGCGGGGGAAUUUUGGUACUUUGUCUCGUCUACAUCAAUAUGAAUCAUUACAAGGAAACACUGGGGUGCCCAGAGCCAUUGUAGGACUGAGUUUGGAGUCUGGUCAGGUUAUUUUUCCUUUUUUUCUUUUUGACUUAAUAUAGAGAAGACAAAUUACAUGUAACACAAACCGCUGCUUCAUUAGAGCAUAGCACACUUAUAACACUGGAAUUAUCUCAAACUGCCUAUUGCGUACUAUAAUAAACAUAUUAUAUAUUGUUUUUUUAUUAUUAUUAAAAUUUUUUAAUUGCCUUAUUUUCCAGAAUGUGUAGCAUGAAUGCAGAUUUCCAUUAUUUUUCCCAAAGAUGGACAUUGAGAGAUGGGUGACGUCUAGAAGAACUUUGGUAGCGCUUAUCGGACAAUUUAGUGAAACUGAUUUACCAGCAUUUUGUUAAAUUAUUUAUCAGGAAUUUUUGUUGCUUAUGCACCAAAUUCGAUUGUGAGAUUCAGAUAACAUAGAUUGUUUAGAUGCACAAUGGAGUUUAUUUCUUUAUUAUUAAUUACUGCAGUUAAUGGGAAACUGGAAGGUGAAAGAUUCCUAUCAGAGCUGAAUAGUUGGGCAAACACAAAGGCAGUUUUUAAACAUACAGUCUGAUUCAUGAUAAUAAUAAUCACAAAAUGAGGACAGCUGGAACUAAACCAGAGAUUUUCCCCCAACACAUUAAUCUUUGUUGUUAAAAUGAUUACAUUACCCACAAUGCAUCUCAACAACUGCUCGCCGAUGUGCCGGAGAUUCUGUUGUGCACAGAUGAGCAGCGUCCUGUAAAAAUACAACUGAUGUUUACCCAGCUGAUGAAAUUCCCCUUUUUCAGCUCUGAUAAAUUACUGUGUGAUCAAAAGUUGUCUCAUGAUGACGGACUCAUAGUUGUGCAGCUCAGCUGAGGUUCUGUUGAGCGGAGACUUGGUCAGCGUUAAGACUAACAUGGUUCAAAAAGGCUGGAUAAACAAUAGAUUUCUGCUUGCACUGAUUCCCCAUCUCUUAGAUACAAUGCUGAGAAAUACUAAUACAAUAAACUGCACUGACAGGUGCCUCAGUAAACAAGUUAUUGUGAUGCACGAGUACAACGAUGAGAUUGAGAGUUUAUUCAUAGCCAAACUCACUCCAUCUGCGGCUCUGGGACGUCGUCUGCGGGCUCGUUGUGAGACUGUGAAGGGGAGAAUGUGCAUGGUAACUUUUUAUUUGCUUUUUAUACAGUCAGUUUAUGAUAGAGACAAAAUAAAAGUUGAAAUGUGAAAAUGCAGAAACUAGUAGUGAGAAUUAAUGAAGGAUGCUUGUGUAUAAUGGGAGCGAUCAAAGCCUAAUCCUAUUUUCAGAAGAAUGAGACAAAUAAAUACAACAAUGGUACGUUAUUGUUUUUCUUCCUGGAGGGCUGUGAACAUAAGGUAUAUAGUUUACGUGUUAAAACAAACAAACUGCGAUGACAAAACAAAACACCUUGUUUAAGCCUUUGUUUACAAACUGUUUUCUCUACAACUGAUGUCAAGAUUUGUGUUUUUGUUUUGGAGCAAAGUUUUUCUGGUCAGCAGGGAAACAUCCUUUUACUGACAUGUCAGCUUCCAUCUGCAUUGGAGCGCCACAUAAAGAUCUGUCAUGUAUAGACUCACCAAACAUUUCCAAUUUAUUCAGAACUGUCACUUUGAUUUCUGCUCUUAGUUUUCUCUCUUUUUUUAAAAAAUGUUUUUAUGUAGUGUUGUUGUACCUAUGGCCUUAAACUGUUUCAAAGGUGUGAGACUACUUUUGUACCAGUCUGAUGGCGAUGAUACACUGCAACAUUUUGAGACAACAGUAGAUUUUGUUAACUUUUUAGGAGCACAACUAACAGAAGUGAUGGUAAAAUAAGUUUAUUAAAAUUCCUAAAAACCAGAAAACAAUUUGUGUUGUUAAAGGAAGUAAAUCAAUCAUCAAAAUCACUGCAGAUGAAUUUUUUAUAUCAUUGCAGCAGAGAUAAGGACCGUCAAAUUUCAUCUCAAAUAUGGUCACAGAGUUAUACUUUACAAUGAGUAUGAACAGCGUCUGCUGACCGUGUCUUUGGGCAAGGCAUUGAAGCACUUAGCGGUUAACAUUUGCUGCAGUACAGAAAAUGGGGAAAAAUUACAUAAACACAAACUAACUGCCUGAAAAUGUUGCAGCUGUGUGUUCACGUGUCCCGGUCUGAAUCCCCUGCACUAAGCUGGACCGGACUUUGAAGGGCUACUCUGUAGUUUUCCUGUGGAUUUGCUCUGAGCUUAUGCCGAAGUUGCUGGUUUGUAGUUUUGAUAAACACUAAUCAGAUGAGAAAGAAACACUAAACAAUCCGAUGCAAGAGCUGAAGAUCAGUAGAAACCACAGGAAGGGAACUUAAAUGGUCCUUUAAACCUGUGUAAAAUCUGACUUUCCCUGUUUAAUGGAAAUCUGAUUGUUUAAAAAAUCUGACACCAAAUUUUUAUUACAUGAAGUAGAUUUACGCUCUCCUUUCUGAACCACAAGAUGAAUUCCUGAAAGUUAUGUUGGUUAAAUUGUAAUUUUUGUAAGACAGGUAAAACUUGAAAACAUCCAGCAGUCAGGUAACACUCGAGUGACACAUCAGAACAAAGCCUGUACCAAACACCCCAUAAUUUAUAUUGUUCUCAGCUAAAGUGCUGUUGUUGAACCCUGAUAGAUGAUGGAUUCUUUUAAACUUUUCAUUAGAUUUGAUCCGAUAUCGUAAAAGUGUGAUCCUGCCACGCCUGAAAAUUACAUUAAAAUUAUUAAUACAAUGAGUUGCUUGAACUUUGUUCGUACUGAUUUACAGGCUGAUUAAAAUUAGUAGUAGCAACCAUGUAAACAGCGCCCCUGUGGUCAUACUUUCAGGUAACAAUUAGCUGUGAUCAUUCAGCUUCUACAGACUGUUGCUGAUGUGAUGAUGUGUUGCAAAUUCUUGUUAGAAAAAAUCAUUUACUGUAUAAACUGACCAUAGUCUUCAGGGCACUGUUCUUAUAGCAGCUUAAAGGGGAUUCAGACUCUGUGCAGUUUAAACUAAACUCUGUAGCUGGAUUUAGACAAGUCCAGAAUGAAAUGGUCAAAUGAAGUCUUCACUCUUAAGUGUACCAGAGCCAUGAUUUAUCUGUUUAUAUAAGUCAUUUUGAUUUUUUUAAACGACUGAAAAACAAAUAAAACAACAAAAACUGA